GUCGCUGCUGCGCCAGGUCUCGGCAAAGGUUCUCUUUGGACGGUGGAUCCGCAGCACCGAGCGACAUUUUUACAGACACUAGGCCGGCAGCCGAUCCCGCCGGCGCCGCCGGACUCGCCGCCGCCGUGCAAGAACGCGCCGGAUCCGCAACUGUUCCCGUUCCUAGCGCGCCGGCUGCAGGCUUCCCCGCCGCCCACGCCGCCGCCGCCGCCCGGCGCUGAUGAAUAUCGCGCCGCUGCUACGGUGUUGGCGAUGAAAUAUGGGCCUGCUGUGCUCGAUCAGUUGCCGCCAGCGGCGCACCUGGUAAUAUCCCGCUGUGCGCGCGACGAGCAUUCGUAUAGCGUUGGCGAGGAGCGCCGCACGGCCGAGGCGCUGCUCAACCUCGCCGGCCUCGCGCCGUCCUCCAGCUAGCGGCUAGCCAGCUACCGCCCACAGAAAACAAGUGACGACGCUAAAGAGAUGACGCAGAACAGUUUUAACCUAACCAGUGAACGCACGCGCAAGCCCCGCCCACAGAAGACGAGUGACGACGCUAAUGAGGUGACGCAGAACAGUUUUAACCUAACCAGUGAACGCACGCGCAAGCACCGCCCACAGAAGACAAGUGACGACGCUGAUGAGGUGACGCUCGCUAACCAGAACACUUCUAACCUGAACAGUGAACGGCCACGCGCGCGACGCACGCGCAAGCCCCGCCCACAGAAGACAAGUGACGACGCUAACGAGGUGACGCAGAACAGUUUUAACCUAACCAGUGAACGCACGCGCAAGCCCCGCCCACAGAAGACAAGUGACGACGCUGAUGAGGUGACGCUCGCUAACCAGAACACUUCUAACCUGAACAGUGAACGGCCACGCGCGCGACGCACGCGCAAGCCCCGCCCACAGAAAACAAGUGACGACGCGAAUAAUCAGGUUACUCUUGCUAAUCAGAACAGUUCUAACCUAACCAGUAAACGCCCCCGUGCGCAACGCUCGCGCAAACUCCGCCCACAGAAAACAAGUGACGACGCGAAUAAUCAGGUUACGCUCGCUAACCAGAACAGUUCUAACCUAAGUGAACGGCAGAAGAGCAAACGCGGUCGCAAAACCAAAAAAACAAACUCCACAACAAAACAGAGUAGUGACACACAGUGUAGUAAGAAGAAUGCUAAAACUAACGCGCGUAAACGCAAAGCGAAAGAUAAAAAAAAGAAAUCGCGUAGCACUAAAAACACACCUAAGAAACAGUACAAGACUAGAAACACAGACAAUAAUAAAGCUAAACACAAACAUACACCACACGCAUCGGGCACGUGUAAAGGCCGGCACGGCGCCGUAACGAAUAGGCAGCGUGACGUCAUCACAGAAAAACAGAAGGAGUCGUCUGAAAACAUUAACACCAAGUAUUACGCAAAAAUUCUACUCACACCUGGGUCAAAAAUACUAACUCCCUUUGGUAGCCAUAGUUAUGUCCCGAUAAAUAAUAUGACUUCUCUGCUAAACAAACCUAAACGACCCGCUAGUGACCACUGUGCCGCAGAAAUUCCUCAAAAGAUACCACGAUGUGACGUUUCAGGGAAACUGACGACGCACGUCACCAAUACAGUCAGCGAUGCUCUACCAAAAAGGAUACCAUUCGCACCUCGUAAUAUCUCCCUGGUAAAACCGACGCCGAUCAACCUAUCUCGUAGCUAUUGCGAUGCCUCCCUAAAUAAACAAAUGUUCACUUCAACUGUAACCAGUAAUCCUGCACCAGUGAAACAAAUGGCGUUCUUUACUGGAAAUAACUGCGAUAAAGUAAACCCCACUCCCAAAAAAAUUUACGCUCCUGCGACAUAUGAUAACGCAUCAUAUCAAAAUUCAUUUGACUUCCUUGUUUCUCAGCCUAAAGUGACGUACACGUCUAAUUCAGGAUGUAAUAAUGCUGUUAUACCGCCAUCAAACGUGUUUACACCCGCAGUAAAUCAGCUGAACUACAUACCUAAACCAAAUGCCGCCUGUACCAUUAACUCCCCACCGAAAUCAUUCACUAAGCUUUCUCCGACCAGGCGUGAUAUGAAUACUCAAACGGAACCAGUGACUCAUUCUCAAUAUGGCUGCGACAACACUCAGACAAAGGGACUAUCCUCUAGCGUAGAUAUUGAAGUACCAGCACCAGGAAAUUUGCUAAGUAUCGCAGUCCCGACUACACAAGUCUCUUACGCGCCAAAAGAUGGAUGCGUCAUCAUUAAUUCCAAAAAACAGUUGAGUUACGCGCCCCGGAACCCCACAAUCCCAAAAAAGAACAACUGGAGCUCGUUGAGUGCAACUUCAUUUAAUUACAGGUCUCGCGUGUGAUUUCUUCAAACAUAUCUAGGUAGCGGGAGGUGAAGGAACUUCACUUCACAACGCAAUCAUGUGUCGUCACAAAUCAUCCGAUUGACGUCAAUCCAGACUCCAAUUCUCCACACUUGUUUUAUGCCUAGCUCUUUUUCCUGUGACGUCAUUAUCCGAAAGCUAACCUCUUUGCGAUCACUGGCCUUUGGUAAAUGUCAUCUCGCGCUUUGCCACAUUUUCUACAACUUCACCACGCGUCUAACUUCGUAUACCUCUAUAGGCAAAUCGUGAUAAUUUAUUCGCGACAAAGACGUUAGUCUAAUUUCUAGUUUAAGUGUUUUUGUGUGUCGAUUCUAAUUGGAAGUGAAUAUGAUUGUAUUAUUUAAUACUACUUAGUGUAUACUAUGGAAAGGGUUGCGGGUCGAGAAGAAUUAUGAUGUAGCUGUAAAUACGUAUUACUCUUGCGUUUUCUGCUCAAACUGUUGCUUUUAAGAGUAUCAAAAUUAAUAUUUAAGUUACCUUGUGGAUGUAAUCGACAUUUCUCGAAGAAAACCUGGGGCGUUACUAGGGCAAAGCCCUAUUAAGGUCCCAUGAUUACUUGUUAGCAUAAGUUCAAAGAACGACUAAACGUUUUCAAUUCAAAAUUUGUUGAUGAAGAAUUUUUAUUAUGUCUAUUGUCGCAAUAUGUAGACAAAAAAUGUUUACCAUACUCUAGUCCAUUUAAGACAAUCCAUAAUCAAUUUCGGUGACUUACAUAUAUGUUUACUGAUAUUUUAGGUAGAUCGAGCUAAAUGGAUGAAAGUUCGCUAAAGAAUAUCUUUAGACCCCUUCUUACCAUUGCCCUUGAAUCAACAUCACGUAACAUCUUUGUUUCUGGAUUCGGGUCGCCUAGUGUAAUUACGGAUUAAAUUAUUAUGAUAAUAUUUAAUAGUAGUGACUACAUAGUGAUAGAUGUGAUACUAUAUAGUAUGGAAUAUUAUUUAAAACAAUCAAAAUAGGUGGAUAGUACUCCCUAAAUGCAUUUAGGUUCCCUGUUACGAUUAGUCAGUCGAUCAUAAUAAGAGAAAUGUUUCUAACAAUAUUACUAAGAGUAAUAUAUUUGUGGCGCCAUAUUCCCAUCGAUGUUAUUACAAAUCUUAUCAACACCAUUUCUUGGUAAGAAUGCCUCAUGUAAUAGCGCUAAAUAGUAAAAUUAUAUGAUGGAAAUAUGGUACACCUUAGUUUUAAGUUUCAAUUCAACUUAUUUAUUUUGCUUCGCCUACUGUUUUAUUUAUUAAUCAAACAUUAUCUAAUAAUUGUAAUAAUUAUGUAAAGAUUUUAUCUUGAUUGUAAACUGAGCAAUAUAGUGUAUAAUACAUAUAUUAAUAUAACCUUUUAUGUAUGUAUGAUCUGAACAUAAAUAUACAAUACAAUGCUGUAUACAGGGCGAUCAAAUGUACUUUACUUAUUUGAACUUCUUUCUUUAAAGUGAUACAAAAGUUAUAUAAAUGAAAUAUAUUUAGUCAAUAGUCGCACUAGCCGUAAGUAAACCGUAUUUUGUGUUCAAACGAGUGAUCUUCAUUCAAUCGCUUACAAUAAACAGAAUAUUAUGUAUACAGUUCAAUUAAUAUUUAUCACAAACCACGAAUUAGUAACAGACAGUGAAAUUUUGAUGCUUGCAGCUGCUGCCUCGAGCUAAACCGAAAGUGGUCAGUAGUUCAGUACCCCACUAUUGGAGAUAGACGUGGCUCUGUCCACUCACCGAGACCGAUAGCUUACCGUGCCCUCCGAAAUGCUAAAUCAUUCGGUCUGUUACCAAUUUAGGUGUAGAAUAAUAACUGAUGGCAUUCGCCUAACAGUAGUAAAAUUUCCUUUUGUCUUUAAUAGUUUUAAGUAAUUAAUUUUCGAUCUAGACGAGUAGGUUCCCUCAUAGAAAGUUACCUCCUUGUGCUGUCUAUAUUAAAAUAGAUUAAAAUUACUUUUGAUAAACUUAGUUUCCCAUAUUAUCAAACGAAAGCAAUUUAUACUCAAAACUAUAAAUGUAUGUGAGCGUUUAAAUAUGAAUGUUGAUGGCGUGCAUCAAUACGAGGUGGUUUUCUCUCAAGUGCCUACUGUAAAUUAUGCUUCUAUUCUAUCAUUAAAAUGUGUUAGCAAACUAAGGAAGGAAUGAUUGAAAAGUAAUAUGUUUGGUGACUGCCGGGGAUGACCAAUACAAACACUUCACUAUGUGACAGCAUAUUUUAUUUAGAUUAAGUAUUACAAAAAAUAUGCACACUUAUUGUGUUUGUAGUCGGUUGAACCCGGUAGUCAACGAGAGCCUUGAAAGAAUACACCAAGUAGUGUCUAUGUGAUAAGAUUUGUGUCUAGCUCGACGGUAAUACUUAUUGGAAACUUCAAUCCCGCUUUUUCGGCACCUCGAUACUUCUUAAACCAUGGAAAUCAAAAUAAACACCAUCCAGUAAAUGUUAGUGAACAUACGGUCUGUGGUUUGAGUAGUAUGUAUUUAAAUUGAACCCUUUAUUUUCACGCGUAAAUGUGGUAAAUAUCUUGGGUAACAUAAAGCGUAGUUAAUGUUAGACUGAUAUGAUGACUGAUUUGUGAUGAAGCAAUAUUAUUUAUUAAUGCAAUUUAUAUUUUUAUUUUCUAAAACCAGGAAAUAUUGUUCCCAUUUUAAAUGUACCUCUAUCUAUGGAAUUAACAUGUAUCAUACAUAACUGCUUUUAAAUAGGGUGCAUUUCUUUAAAACCAAAUAAAUCUUGUUUUAGUUGUUUUCUUUUAAAAUAAUUGUUGCUUUAAUAUAAAUCAUUAAUUAAAGUAAAUCAUUAUUAGAACAUGGCUUCUAUAGAAUAUUAUUGCAUAUUAAAUUGAGCAUAAUAUAAAUGGGCACUUAUAUUUUAACUUUAAGUAAUAUUAUUGCCAGAUUAUCUUACUAACUGUAUGUACUCAGAGUACCUAAAUAGAAAGGAUUUCGUAAAUGAUUUCACUUUUGUUUACGUGGUAUUCUUGUAGGCAAAGGGAAGGUAGAUGUGUGCCAAAUGUUACAAAGAAAAUAUUACCGUGUAGCAUACAGAUUCAAAUACCAGUAAUAUGGGUGUAUUUAUAUGAUGAUAAAUGAAAUAUAUUAUGUAACACAUAGUUACAUUAGGAUAUAAGUGAUAUUAUGAUAAAUAUAAUGCUAAAUUAUGAAAAUACAUACAUUUUUGCUGUAUUUAGGAGCGUCUUCCAUCUUACUCUUAUUGUUUUCUUGUAGGUUUAGACGGCCAAAGAAAAAUAUCAUUUGAAAGUAUUGACAGUGUUACGCUACUAGUUCCACAUAAUAAUUAUGGUGCACAACGAUCGCUUGCCGCUGUAAAUUAAUAAUAAUGUCCAAGCAAAAUUCCUAGAUUCCAAUAAGUUAAAAUGCUAUUCCAGUGGAUAUUUUUCUUCGGCUGUAUACACUAGCCUUUCUUUCGGUGGUAUAAUAAUGUAGAUGAAAAUUUACAGCAAUAAUUAGUACCUAAUUGUAGUACUUUGCUGGUAGAUGCUAUAUGAUAUAAUUGUGUGAUAAUCACAGUUUAUUUACUAAGCGCUGUUCUAAACUGAAUUUUGGAGACAUAAACGACUCAUAACAGCGGCGAAUGUUUCUAUAAAUCCAAAAAGCUUCUUUAAAGUUAUAUCAGUAUGAUAUUAAAAUUGUUACGCCUCACUUUUACUGUCGGGAAUAUAAUAUUUUUAUUGAUUAAUUUAUUUUAGGUUAAUAAUGCUGUUAUUAUUUAAUAUUCUUAUCUUAUAAAACGAAACUUCGAACAGCAUGUCUGAAGAUAUUGUAUUUGUGUUUGGAUUUAUCGUUUUAUAAGCAGUGACUUUACUACUACCAACAUAAACAAUAUUAAGAUCGACGUUCCGUACUUUGGUAUGGACGUUGUAGAUUUUGUUGUGGUGGUAGAGUCACUACUUGCUAAACUAGCUGUAUUGGUAUGUCCGACCUAUGUUUAAGUAUAAAAAUAUUGUUGUUGUUGAUAUUUUGCCGGCUUUUAAAACGACACCACUCUUUAUUGCUAUUGUUGAAAGUUAUUGCCAAAUUUUUAUUUGUCCUAAAAAUCUUUUGUCUUUGUACAUAUCCAUUAAAUAAAUUAUGUACUGAGGAUCAAAA